AUGACAGGAUAAGCUGUGGGAAUGGGAUGAUAUGGGGGAUCAGAGACAUAAAACACUGCCUGCCACACAAUGAGUGGGAUGGAAGGAGUACCAGGCAAGUCAUUGUUCUAGUGGGCUGGCCCUGCUGCAAGUUGUUCUCAGGUCCUGUCCCCUCAGAGCCAAAUAGGUAGCGACAUGGAGUAGAGGCCAGAGAUAGAAGAUAUCACACAAUUCUAAGGACUCUCUAUAGAGACUUUGGUAGGUGAAAUAUCAAGUGUAGGACCUAACGCCAUCUUUAGGUAGAAUGAACAAUUACAUAUAUAGACAGAUUUGUGUCAUUGUGUUGCAUAUUCGUUUCUCAACAAAAGAAACUACUUUGUCUCAUUUAGAACAUGACCCAAAGUUGUAAUUUUGGAAAGUCACAUCCUCUGUGAGAUCUUCUAAUUUUUCUGGUACUUCUAAUGUGGAAUUGCUCUGGUCCUCUUCAUUCAUUUGAGUUUAAGUUCUGUACUGUAAGUUGACACAGCAUCUGAUUGCUUCACCAUCCAGAUAAUGGGAUUGUUAGAGCAUACACACAUUAGGACAUAUUUUGAUAUAAAUGGCUUUCAACUUCUUCAUAUUACAGUUUGAGGUAUUAUAUUGAUUUUUAAAUGUUUUUGUGAAGCUAAGUUGCAUAUCUGAAUUGAAAAAAAAAAUGAAAUGAAUUUUACUUCCAGACAGUAAAAGAGGUGUUAACAAAAUAUUUAAAAAGGGAACCUGGGGUCUAAUGGAUGAGAGUGCCUGCCCUCUUUCAGCCCACCACUGAUAUAUAUGGGCCUUGCAUAGCUGGGUUGGGGUGAGUGUUGCCAGCAGGCCCAGCCAGGGAACCCACUCCUGCUUUUCUCAAGCAGUCCAGCUACUCUAGCUCCUCUGAGAUGCCCCUGAUCCCUCAAGAAGCUGGUGAGGUUGCUACUCUGAACAGCAGAGGGCGUCUGGGCCCCUCUGUCCACAGUUCAAUACCACCUGAGAGGCCCUGUGACCCUCUUUCAUGGGGUGCCAGGGGAGGGUCCAUGCUCCAAAAACUUCAUGCAAAACAGAAUCACAUAGACCUGCUAUGUGCAAGCCCUCUGGGGUUUAGGUGUUGAACAGGCUGGGUGUUCAGGAGGAAGCUACAAAAACAAGUUAGCCAUCAAGUGAAUGGGAAACAUGCCCACAGUUCCCAGUUAACGUCAUCAUAGAGGUGCUAAAGGAGGUGGAGUUGAGUUGAGGCUUGUAGGACAGCAAGAUUCCAAAUGAAAGAUAUGAGAACACUCUAGAAGAGCAGGCCACAAUAGCAGGGGCACAGAGGUGGAGAGUAGCCAGUACACUUUUCACCCCCAGAAUUGCCCCAAAGCCAAGUAAAUGGUCCUACAGGGUAUAGACAACUCAGAGAUGCCUGUUGUCACUUAGUCAGGGGGCAAGAGGCCAGAGCUGAAGGUCUUCACCAAAACCUCUGGGAAUCCCAGGUCUUAGACCAGAGAUCAUCCUCAGAAACACUGUCUCCUUCCAAGCAAAGUGGUGCAUGCUUGUAAUCCUGGGGGCUUGAGGGAGGGAGGUUCAAGGCAGGAGGAUCACAAGUUCAAAGCCAGCCUUAGCAACUUAGUGAGGCCCUAAGCAAUUUAGUAAGACCCUAACUCAAAAUAAAAAAAUAAACACAGCUGGUGAUGUGGCUCAGUGAUUAAGCACCCCUAGGUUCAGUCCUUAGGACCAAAAAAAGAAAAAGAAACACUGUCUCCCUAAGCCUAUAGGGCCUGGACUGGCCUGGCCUAGCCAGAGCCUAAACUGGACCUGCAGAAGAGAUUCUCAGAUAAGGGGCAACAGGAACCCUUAGCUGAUACCUAUAAUGGUGAAAGCUUUGAGCUACUCUGCUCUGGGGAGACACAGUGAGUAGUCACAUGAGAUGGAUGGACCCCAAGAUGUUACAUGUGGAUAUGAAGGUCACCAGGAAUGUAACUGGAAUCUGCUUGGGGCCCUCAUCCUCUUCUAGCCCAGUCAGGGGCUGCCAAGUUUGGGCCUGUUCUCUGCUGCUCUCCUUAUUUGGACCGCCAGGUGAUAAGGCUGGGACAUAAAGGGGGUCUGGCAGCAAGAGGGAGCAGCAAUUCGUGUCAGAGAAGAUGGCCAGCAGGAAGACUGGGAUCCGGGGAAAGGCUGCAGCCACCAAGCAGACUCAGCGUGGAUCUUCCAAUGUCUUUUCCAUGUUUGAACAAGCCCAGAUCCAGGAGUUCAAGGAAGCAUUCAGCUGCAUUGACCAGAACAGAGAUGGCAUUAUCUGCAAGUCAGACCUGAGAGAGACCUACUCCCAGCUUGGCAAGGUGAGCGUCCCAGAGGAGGAACUGGAUGCUAUGCUGCAGGAGGGGAAGGGUCCCAUCAACUUCACGGUCUUCCUCACACUCUUUGGGGAGAAACUCAAUGGGACAGACCCCGAGGAAGCCAUCCUGAGUGCCUUCCGUAUGUUUGACCCCAGCGGCCAAGGGGUAGUGAACAAGGAUGAGUUCAAGCAGCUCCUCCUGACCCAGGCAGACAAGUUCUCUCCAGCUGAGGUGGAGCAGAUGUUUGCCCUGACACCCAUGGACCUGGCAGGCAACAUCGACUACAAGUCCCUGUGCUACAUCAUCACUCAUGGGGACGAAAAAGAGGAGUAAGGGGCAGGCCUGGGGUACCACAAUAAACUCUGUUUCUGAAUGAAAA